AUGACGUCACUACGAGCGCUAUGUUUGUUCUUAUUCGUUGAUUCGCUACGUGCAUACACUGUAGACAGUAUAUACAAGGACGAACCAACUCAUAAUUACCGCAACUACAAACUCAUUCGAAUUUAUCCGGACAGCGAUGAUACGCUCAAAUAUCUGAACACACUCUACGAAGGUUCUUCUCCAUAUCAACUAGACUUCUGGCAACCUCCAACACAUAUUGGUGGAAUCGUUGACGUUACCGUAGCUCCUUCCGAUGCUCCAAUAUUUGUUCGAGAUCUGGAGUCGAAACAUUUGAAUUAUAUAGUUGCCGUUAAUGAUUUAGCACAAGCAAUCGAAAACGAACGAUCUCCCGAGGUAUUCUAUCAUCCGGAAGCAGGCGGAUACUCGUACGAUAAAUAUAACACAUUGGAAGAUAUACACAAUGAGAUGAUGCGAUUAAGAAAAGAAAAACCGGGAAUGAUUUCCCUGAUUGACAUCGGUGAAUCACAUGAAAAUCGAACAUUACUUGUAAUUAAAAUUUCUGGCCGGAAAUCAACCUUAGGCAAGAAGACCUCCAUUUGGAUUGACGCUGGUAUCCAUGCUAGGGAGUGGAUAGCACCAGCUACGGCAAUGUAUAUUGUUCAUGAGCUCGUCCGUAACUACGAUUCAAACCCAAAAAUACAGAAAAUCUUGGACCAUAUGGAUUUCUACAUUCUGCCAGUAAUGAACCCUGACGGAUACGAAUAUUCACGGCUUAAGAACCGAAUGUGGCGGAAGAACCGCCGACAAGCCCUCUGUAAACGCCAACACUUCCACACGGUUUGUUGCGGUGGUGUCGAUUUGAAUAGAAAUUUCGAUUGGUUUUGGUCAUCUACUGGUUCUUCGACGGACCCUUGUCACGAGACCUAUCAUGGACCCAGCGCGUUUUCGGAACCGGAAACGCGAGCGGUCAGGGAUUAUCUGCAGGCGAAUAAGCCUGAGGCUUUUAUCACAUUACAUUCAUACUCGCAAAUGUGGCUAAUUCCCUACGGUCAUCGAAAGCGAAGCUACCCACAGGACUACAAGACAGCUCUUCGUCCACUUGCGGAGAGAGCUACGAAAGCCCUGUACGAUCUAUACGGUACGAAAUAUAAGGUCGGGACUGGAGCGGAUCUCAUGUAUGAAGCUUCUGGAGGUUCUCAUGACUGGGCGAAAGGUACCCUAAAGGUGAAUUACGCCUAUCUUGUGGAAUUGCGACCGAAAAACACUGCUCUUGGAUAUGGUUUUCUGCUUCCUGAGCGUGAAAUCGCGGCCACUGGAUUGGAAACUUUCGAAGCAAUUAAAGUCAUUGCGGAUGAGAUGAUCGCUCAAUUUGUUGAGCCGGAACUGAGACGAAUAGUAAGACCCACGCCAUCACCAUUGCCAAAACGUAGAGGCUACAAAAUAGUCGACACAACACCACAUGAUCAGUCAAUUCGCACCACAACCAUGCAGGAAACAUCCACAGAAACCGUGUCGACAACGUCAAUGACGACAACGUCAAUGACCUCUACAACACCGUCCACCACUACAGAACAACCAACGACAACAUUCUCAUCAUCCACUAUCGAAACGACGACACUUGAUGUGGGUUCUGCGGUGAAGUGCGUCGAUUACGGGAGUUACUGUAGAUUGUGGGGUGUGCUGGGUCUGUGUGAAAGGCCGUCUGUGAUUGAUAUAAUGGCGUAUAUGAACAGCUACAAUCUCCCACAGAUAUUCGCCUCGGUAGACAAAGACAGAUCUGGCCAAAUCAGUGCAGAUGAACUGCAACGAGCAUUGUCAAACGGAACAUGGAAUCCUUUCAAUCCGGAAACCUGUCGGUUAAUGAUUGGAAUGUUCGAUUCAAAUGGUGACGGAGCAAUCAAUUUGCAGGAAUUUCAGGCCCUUUGGAAUUACAUUAACGAAUGGACUAACUGCUUCCGCGGCUUUGAUCUAGACAACAGUGGAAAUAUUGACAAAACGGAAUUACAGAACGCUCUUACUCGAUUUGGUUAUCGGCUGUCUGACCAGUUCUACAACAUUUUAAUGCUGAAGUUUGAUCGGACUCAUACGGGGCGAAUUAAUUUCGAUGAUUUUAUUCAAUUAUGCGUUGUGUUGCAGACACUCACAGCAGCAUUUAGAGAUAAGGACGUGGACCGCGACGGAGUUAUCACGAUACGCUACGAGGAAUUCCUAACAAUGAUUACUGGUAUGGUAUUGAAAAUGCUUGGUUAA